UCGAAAUCAUCAACUCGUCAAUCCACACACCCGUCGACGUCGUGCCCUUCCCCGGAACUUUCGACACCCAUCGACAAAAAUGCCUCUCGCUCCCAGGGCCCACUCCAAGACCUACAAGGUUCCCCGUCGUCCUUACGAGUCCGCUCGUCUCGAUGCCGAGCUCAAGCUCGCCGGAGAGUACGGUCUCCGAAACAAGCGAGAGAUCUGGAGGAUUCAGUUGACCCUUUCCAAGAUUCGACGAGCCGCCCGAGAGCUCUUGAAGCUCGACGACAAGGACCCCAAGCGUCUCUUCGAGGGUAACGCCUUGAUUCGACGACUCGUGAGGAUCGGAGUGCUCGAUGACUCCAGGAUGAGGUUGGAUUACGUCUUGGCCCUCAAGGUCGAGGACUUCUUGGAGAGGAGGUUGCAGACCCAGGUCUUCAAGAGCGGUCUCGCCAAGUCCGUCCACCACGCCCGUGUCCUCAUCAGGCAGAGGCACAUCCGUGUCGGAAAGCAGAUGGUCAACGUUCCCUCGUUCGUUGUCCGAUUGGACUCCCAGAAGCACCUCGACUACGCUUUGAACUCUCCCCUUGCCGGUGGACGACCCGGUCGUGUUAAGAGGAAGAGGGCCGCUGCCGCCGCUGGUGGUGACGGUGAGGGCGACGCCGAGGAGGAGGACGACGAGUAGAGCAAACCCACAUAGACGAACAAUCGAUAAAAUCCCCGACGUCUCUGUGUUUGAUACCUCUCGCUUUCUCUUUCCGACCCGCCACUAUUGGUCUUUUCCCGUCGUUUGUCGGCUAUGUUACUCGACUCGUUCAUGUAUCCAUGACGAUUCUUGGUUUUGUAACGAUGAUGAUGGAGAGAUUGAUGAAAUCACUUACGAACACGAACUCGGGGAUAGUGGACUUGCAUUGCGCUCAUUGGUCUAAACUCCAUCAAUCUUGGUCUCCGACCGCGCCCGAUAGAAUCCCGUUUCAGCUUCAGUCUCAGUCCUGAUCAACCGAUUCGGCCAUUCCAGGCCGCAACUGCAUUGGACGGUUGCCUGCCGAGUCAGGGAGGAAAAGUAGAAAGAGGGCGGAGAUGCUUUCUGUGUACGAAAUCUUGGCGCUUCCUUUGUCAAUUUGUCUUGGUGUUUUCGGGUCUGGCGAU